CGCAGGCUGAGGGGCUUUCUUUGCCAUGUGUAAGAAUCAUUGUGAGUCCUGCCGGUUAGCUUGUUUAUCGCCCACAGAAAAUGUUUAAAUUUCAUACAGGACGAUGAUAGUGUGGUAUGCUGUGCUUAAUAGACUAUUGCCACGAUCCAGCGAGUACAACCUGAGAGCGUACAGGCUCAGGAAACUCAGUGAAUAACGAUACAAAGACUUAAUAUCAGCCAUGUGGACAAGGUUGCUGAGUACGAGCUACUACAGAUGUUUUGAGUGCAGGAGUGGUGGACCAAAGGGAAUUUGGAGGUCCCGUGCUGUCCAUACAUGCAGCACUCCAGCUUUACCUGCAGGCAAGAUCACACCACUUCAGGCGGUGAGCUUAUGGAAGAGGCACUUUGAGGAGAACGGUGUGACGGAGCCUGAACAGUCCAGCCAGUACAUCAUUGCUCAUCUGCUCGGAGCCAAAACUAUAGAAAGUCUUGAGCAGGAGAGGUUAACGCAGUUUCUCAGCCGAGAACAAACAGAGCAGAUAUGGAAGCUCUGCACCAGACGUCUCUCCAGAAUGCCAGUGCAAUAUGUGAUUGAGGAGUGGGACUUCAGGGACCUGAUUCUGAAGAUGAGGCCUCCUGUGUUCAUACCACGACCUGAAACUGAGGAGUUGGUUGAGCUUGUGCUCACUGAUCUGCAGAUGAAGAAUGUGUCUGCAGAUGCUCAGCAUACAUGCCUGGAAGUGGGAUGUGGAUCUGGUGCCAUUUCUCUUAGUCUGCUGAAGAGUCUGCCUCAGCUCAAAGCUAUUGCCUUGGAUCAAAGCCAGGAUGCAGUGGAUUUAACAAGGGAGAAUGCGCUAAGGUUGGGACUUCAGGAUAGAUUACAGAUUCAUCAUAUUGAUGUAAUAAAAGAUGCAGAAACUCUUCUGAGAAUUAUUAAGCCUGUUUCAGCUUUGGUCAGUAACCCUCCAUACCUGUUUUCAGAAGACAUGGCAUCCCUAGAACCUGAAAUUUUUAGAUUUGAAGACCCUGCUGCUUUAGAUGGAGGCAAAGACGGCCUAAAAGUGAUCAAGCAGGUUUUAACCCUGGCUCCACAGAUUCUGUCCAAUCACGGUCGUCUUUACGUGGAGGUAGACUCCAGACACCCCCCGCUCAUUCGACAGUGGGUGGAGGCGAACGUGCACGCACUGCAAUUUAAGGAGACACGACACGACAUCACUGGCAGGCCUCGAUUCUGCAUCCUUCAGAAGGAAUGAAGUCAAACAAGGACCACAAGCAGGAUCUGGACUGAGAAAUUGAGAUCCUAUUACGUUGGCUUUAGCUCAGGUCGCCACUGCCUCAGCUCCCCUACCCCCACUAAACCACCAAGCACGCGCUCACACUGAUCUGAUAACUCCAGCAUUCACAAUUUGCACAAGCACACAUUGUUUUCAUGUCACCGCUGCACUUUUAAUCUAGUAAGAGUCGUGAUCACAUCCUGCGUCACAAUAAAAAAUGUGUGCGAGAUGGCACAAAAAAGCAGGCUCCAAAGCUGAAGGUAAUUACCGAAGCUUUUCUUGGAACCCUCCCUCUCAGAAGCUCACCCUCCUCCCAGGAAGCAUUCAGUGGUUCUGUGAAUCCACUGACGAACGGUCCUCCCCUCUGCUUGGCCACUCGCUGACUCAGAUGCAGGCAGCAUGCAUUGUUGAGCAAAAGCGCACAUAGUGUGGCCUUUACUUCCUCACACAAUCUGCUUCUCUCGCAUACUUAGAGCUCAAAGGCCACUAAGUCUUUGUGUUUCAAAGGUGAUUUAAGGGAAAAUAUUUCCUAACAAGUGUCACAAGAGCAGUCGUCAUGUGGGGGUUGGUGAUGGCGAUCGCAGCAUUUCUAUGUCAGGAAUAAUUGCCAUUUUAAACAACACAGAUGAAUAAGAAGUGGAUGACACAUCAAGAGUCCAGCUGGUUAUUUUAAUAGAAAAAAAUGUACACAUGUAAAAG